AUGUCUUCCCAACUCAUCACCGCAGCUGAGGAGCUAUUAGCUCUGGCCAAGCAAGAUCAGAACAAACAGUAUAUCCACACUGCUACACUGGAAGUGGCUGAUAAGUUCCGCUGUCUGUGUGAGACUCCACUCGACAUAGUCUUGCGGCAAUGGAAAUCGUCUCAUCUGACCGCCGCUAUCGACGUACUCAAGUCUCUCAAGGUCUUUGAAAACAUGCCCGAGAGCGAUUCCAUCACUGCUAGCGAGCUUGCGCAAAAGUCUAAUGUCGAUGCAUCUGUCAUUACUCGAUGCAUGAGGAUGCUCUGCGUAGAAGGCAUCGCUCAUGAGACGGAACCAGGCGUUUUCCUCCACAACGAAAAGUCGCUGGCUUUCAUGUCUGACAGUCCGAUCGCAGCCUUUUUUGAAAUGGUACUCGACCAAGACAUGGUCCUGCGUAAACUCCCAGAGUAUUUUGCCACGCAUACCAUCGCCGAUUUCUUCGAUCUCAAGAAAUCACCAUGGGUAUAUGCACUUGGACAUGAAGGCAGGCCAUUCUAUGAAGUUCUUGCCGCAGAUCCAGUCCGGGCAAAGAGAUUCGACGUUGUUAUGGGACAAGCAGAUAAACUAUUCGAUAUCCGCGGUACAUACCCUUUCGCAGGGGCAAAGGCCGGUAUAGAAGCCGAGCCUGAUCGUGCUUUCAUCGUCGAUGUUGGCGGUGGUAAUGGCACGACGCUGAAGACGAUCCAGCAAGAAGCACCUGACGGGUUUGGCGCUGCCAUGGUGCUGCAAGACAGACCUGAUGUGCUCGCGGCGAUUGAUGAGAAUGAUGUCCCAGGGGUGACAAAGAUGGAGCAGGAUAUCUUCGCACCACAGAAAGUGAAAAACGCGCACCUGUACCUGAUCAGACGCGUACUGCACAACUUUUAUCCAGAGACCUGUGUCAAGAUUCUGGAGAACAUCGCGAGUGCCAUGGGACCGACAUCGAGAUUACUGGUAUGCGAUGCUGUGUUAGCUGAUCGGACUCAGGUGGGAGAAAACGCGAUGACAUGUUUUAUGGACAUGUCGAUGAUGGUGAUGACUGGUAGGGAGAAGACGGCUAGGGAAUUCCGAGAGAUUGCGAGUGCAGCCGGUCUGGAAGUUGUCAAGUUCUGGCCAGAUCAAGCAGGAGCUCAGGUUGUGAUUGAGAUGAGGCUGAAGGAUUAG